GCCCAACUUGUAAACGACACUUCCGUGUCCACAUUUCUAACCAAAACGACCCCACUCCUCACACUGAGUACAAAUCAAGUCUCAACCCUCGCACCCCAAGUUCCCGUCUCUUCCAUUUCAUAGCUCCUCCUCCAAUCGUUUCGUUUCGUUGACUCGCGAAUCGAUGCAAUUUUUCAAGAUCGGUGCUUCGUUUUCUUCUCUAUAAUAAGGUUCGGUUUUCCGCUCUCACUUUCUUCAAAAACUUUAAACCCUAGUUCAAACCUCAAACCCUAGUUCAGCUUAAUCGAUUCACUUUUUCGUGCUUUGACGUUCUUUCUACGCUUGUUUUUGGUUCAGAUCUAGUUGAGUUUCCACCUCAAGCUCUCGAUUCGAAGCUCAAUUUACUCUAUAUUCGGUUUCUCUUCAGAUCUGAGUUGAUCGGUUUUGAAUUCUCUUGAAAUGUCGGAUUUAUCGAAGGAUUUAGCGAAAGAUUUAUCGAAAGAUGAUUCGGUUCAAAUCAGGGAGGUUUGGAACGAUAAUCUCGAAGAGGAAUUCGCUUUGAUCCGUGAAAUUGUUGAUGAUUUCAACUAUGUAGCUAUGGAUACAGAGUUUCCUGGCGUUGUUCUUCGUCCUGUAGGUGUUUUUAAGCAUAUCAAUGAUUUUAACUACCAGACUUUGAAGGAUAACGUUGAUAUGUUGAAGCUGAUUCAGUUAGGUUUAACUUUCUCUGAUGAGAAUGGGAAGUUGCCUACUUGUGGCACUGGGAAUCCUUGCAUCUGGCAGUUUAAUUUCCGUGAAUUUAACGUUAGCGAAGAUAUAUUCGCGGCUGAUUCGGUCGAGCUUUUGCAUCAGUGUGGGAUUGAUUUCACGAAGAAUAGUGAGAAAGGGAUUGAUGUGAACCGAUUCGGGGAGCUUCUUAUGUCGUCGGGGGUUGUGUUGAAUGAUAACAUGCAAUGGGUUACUUUUCACAGUGGAUAUGAUUUUGGUUAUCUGUUGAAGCUUUUGACUUGCAGAACUUUGCCGGAUACGCAAGCGGGGUUCUUCGAUUUGAUCAACAUUUAUUUUCCGCUGCUGUAUGAUAUCAAACACUUGAUGAAAUUCUGUAACAGUUUACAUGGUGGGUUGAACAAGCUUGCGGAGUUGUUGGAAGUGGAGAGGAUUGGUGUUUGCCAUCAAGCGGGAUCGGAUAGUUUACUCACCGCUUGUGCAUUUAGGAAAUUGAGGGAUACUUUCUUCAACGGCGAUACGGAGAAAUAUUCUGGUGUGUUGUAUGGAUUAGGUGUUGAGACAGACUAAUUUGAAAUUGAAAGAAAGAAAAGUAUAAUUGGUUGUAGAUUACAGUAUGGGUUUUAUGUGUUGUGAGUCUUUUUUUUUACUUGUGUACACUUCUACCAGAAAGAUAUGGUUGUGGUUUACUUGUAACAUUUUCAUCAUCUUUGCUUGAAUUGUAACUCUAAAGUCUUAGCUUGUUUUGUUAGCUUUGAGUUCUUUGUAAAUCACUUCAGUUAGUGUUUCAGCAAUAAUAAUUUAUCAUGAUUCCUUUA